AAAAAGAAGGGAGGAAGGGGAAAAGAGGGAGGGAGGGAAAAAGAAGGGAGGGAGGAAAGAAGGAAGAAAAGGAGAAAAGAAAGAAGAGGGAGGGAGAGGGCACUUCCCUGGAGGUGGGGUGGGAGCUGCUGUGGGGCUCAUAGGGGACCCCAGCCCACUCCUCUCCUCCUCCUCCUGCUUCUCCUCCUGGGUCCCUUUCGGAGUUGGUGCCUGCCUCAGGGUGGACUAGGACCCCUUGGGCUUCUGCAGGAGAUGGACCACGGUCCCUGCCACUUCUGGAGCGCCUGGUUAUGGAGCUGCCCUCCCAGUGGGUCCUCCCUGUGGGUCCCUUCCCCGCGCAAGGCACACAUGGCAGUCCUUUGGAGAAGGAGCAGCUGUGCCCCUACUUGGAGGACCUGGGGCUCCUAAGUGGAAGGAAGGAGGCAGGGAAGAGAGGAGCCCUUUUGGGAGGAGGGUCUCCUACCAUGCCAUCCUUGGCCCCACUUCUCGCCUUUCUGGAAACCAGCCUCCAUUCGCAUUAGAAGAGAGGUGAAACUAUAAAUCCCAGCCCCUUCCCUCCUGCAGCCCUUGCUCUCUCCCAUGGCCAUGGCUGCCCUCAGCCCCAUCUUCAGAGACCAGGCUUUGCUGAGCCUCCUGCUGGUGCUGCUACUGGAAGCCCCAGCCCCUGCGCCCGCCGCUUCCAAAGCCGUCGUGUGCCAGGAGAUCACGGUGCCCAUGUGCAAAGGCAUCGGCUACAACCUGACCUACAUGCCUAACCAGUUCAACCAUGACACCCAGGACGAGGCCGGGCUGGAGGUGCACCAGUUCUGGCCCCUGGUGGAGAUCCAGUGCUCGCCGGACCUCAAGUUCUUCCUCUGCAGCAUGUACACCCCCAUCUGCCUGCUGGACUACGCCAAGCCCCUGCCCCCCUGCCGCUCCGUCUGCGAGAGGGCCAAGGCCGGGUGCUCCCCGCUCAUGCGCCAGUAUGGCUUUGCCUGGCCUGAGAGGAUGAACUGUGACAAGCUACCCGUCCUGGGCGACGCCGAGAUGCUGUGCAUGGAUUACAACCGGACAGAGGCCACCACCACCUUGCCCCCCUUUUUCACCAAACCCACUCGCUCUGCCAAAGGGACCCAUAAGAACCUCAACCCCUUCGGUGGUGGUGGCAGCACUUGCAAGCGGGUGUGCGAAUGCAAGGAGCCCUUGGUCUUCAUCUCCAAAGAGACCCACCCGCUCUACAACAAGAUUGAGACGGGCCAUGUCCGCAACUGUGCCAUCCCUUGCUUCCAGCCCUACUUCACCCAGCAUGAAAAGACCUUUGCCACCUUCUGGAUAGGCCUCUGGUCUGUCCUCUGUUUUGUGGCCACUUUUGCCACGGUGGCCACCUUCCUGAUCGACAUGGAGCGGUUCCGGUACCCGGAGCGCCCCAUCAUCUUCUUGUCUGCUUGCUACCUUUUUGUCUCCAUUGGCUACAUCAUCCGGCUUGUGGUGGGACAUGCCAGUGUUGCCUGCAACAAGGACUACAACCACAUCCACUAUGAGACCACGGGGCCGGCCCUCUGCACUGUGGUCUUCCUCCUCAUCUACUUCUUCGGCAUGGCCAGCUCCAUCUGGUGGGUGAUCUUGUCUCUCACCUGGUUCCUGGCGGCUGGGAUGAAAUGGGGCAACGAGGCCAUUGCCAGCUACUCCCAGUAUUUCCACAUGGCCGCUUGGCUCAUUCCCAGUGUCAAGUCCAUAGCUGUGCUGGCCCUGAGCUCGGUGGAUGGGGACCCUGUGGCUGGCAUUUGCUAUGUUGGCAAUCAAAACUUAGACAAACUCCGAGGUUUUGUUUUGGCUCCUUUGGUGGUCUACCUUUUCACUGGGACCAUGUUUCUGCUGGCAGGGAUAGUGUCCCUCUUCAGGAUCCGGAGCGUCAUUAAACAAGGAGGCACCAAAACGGACAAGCUGGAGAAGCUGAUGAUCCGCAUCGGGAUCUUCACCGUCCUGUACACCGUCCCGGCGACGAUCGUGGUGGGGUGCUACAUCUAUGAGCAGCACUAUCGGGAGGCUUGGGAGAUGGCCCAAAACUGCUCCUGCCCUGGGGACAAAGACAGGUUGAAGCCUGACUACGCAGUCUUCAUGUUGAAGUACUUCAUGUGCCUGGUGGUGGGGAUCACCUCAGGGGUCUGGAUUUGGUCUGGCAAGACUCUUGAGUCGUGGAAGCGGUUCACGGGGAGGUGUUGCCGGAGCGGGAAGCCUGUGAGCACCACCAUGUACGGCGAAGCCAAUGCAGCUUUGACUGGGAGGACUGGGCUGCCCAGUUCUGCUUCCUACCACAAACAAGUCCCACUCUCCCAUGUAUGAAAAGCACCUUGCUGGGUCUCAUACACACAAGAUGGGAGCAGCUACAUGCUGUGCCACCAGAAUGGAGGUAUGGAGAAAACAAAUGUUCAACUCAACACAACUUCCAAAGAAGGGAGAAAAGGCAGCUCCUGCUUAAGGUAUAGAAUAGCCUGCCUUAGGGCGGCAUGUUUGGACUAGAUCAGUCUUGUACAACUUGUGAAACUCUCACCCGAGACACUGUGUAUUGUGACCUAAUAAGUACUUGACAGUCUCCUCUGUCAUGCCACAUGGACAGCAAGAAGCGGCUGCAUCUAAGCCCUGUUAGGCUGCUGUGGAUCAUUGGAGGACAAAGUUAGAUGAAACACUGAUUCUUGUCACUUCCGAUUCCAGCUGUAAAUGUUUUCUUGAAGUUACUCAACUUUGAUAUACAGUCAGUAGUUUCAUACAAUUAGAGCAAUAUCUUAAUGAAUCAUGGACAUGAAAAGUUAUGCUGUCAAUUUUUUAGCAACAUGAUUGUUCACUGAAAAGGUGAUACUGGAUUAUACAAUUCUUAAGUUAGCAAGCAAAAUAGAAAUUCAGUCAUUGAAAUUGUAUUCCAAAGCCAGAAAACUGCAAAGAAUGUACUCUUUUAACAUUUUUCAAAAUGAAAUUGCACCAUGUAGCUAUAGCGUGUAAAUAGAUGUAUUAAAAGAAUUAUGUUUGUAUAUAACUGAAUCUCUACUGAACUUUUGAUACGGGUUGGAGCAGGUUGUAAAUUCUCACACUGCCAAUGAGAAGUUUCAGAUACAAAUAACAGAAUGGAAACCUCGGGCAUUAAAUCGCUGUAAUUGAUGUUAGAUUCAUGCUUAGGUUGUGCUGCUCUUUCAGCUGUGCCUUGUGGAGAUGAAGCUUCUACAUACUAUUUGCAAUAUGAUUAAUAAUACCAUGCCAAAACAGGGUUAAAAAAGAAAACAUAGUUGAUUCUGUAAAACGCUUUAAGAGGAAAUAAACCAACUUCAAACAGUCACCUUAA